AUGGAGCCGAACCGUAGGGCAGAAUAUAAGGAGAUUCCCUUGCAGAACCACUCGCUCCCAACAAUACCAUGGCACAAAGAGGCAGAGUUUCAAGCUCCAGGAUUAUCCUCCCUCAGACCACCAAAUGCUAGCAGCAAUUCCCUUGGUGUCCAUACCUCAGACUCGGACAUCAGCAGUGUUAUCAGUGACCUUGGUGAUGCAAAGCAGCUUGCCCAGACCAGAGAUCGCGGCCAUUUUAGAUCUGCAACAAGGACGGGUCUAUUGGUUUCUCACGCUGGGACCAGCUUUCCAGACAAUACAAACCAACUUGGCAGCAUUGACUCCGAUAUUUUGCCCCAACCAAAAUCAUUGGAACAUCAAGACAAAAAGAGUGCGGCAAGAAACACGUAUCAGAACCUGGGACGCAAGAUUCGCUUUGCACAACAGAUAUCAUCAUGGGAGGGAGAGGGGAAAAAAUUCUUGCCAUUCGAUAAACUUGAACAGCACACCACCAGAAAAGCGAUCCAUGAGGAACUAGAGCAACAGGGAAGUGACGCCUCCUUAGUAAAUGAGAUUUGGGAGGCUGGGCAAUUUCGAACAUCUUCGUUGACUACACGGCGCAGGAUUUUUGCUAUCCUUGUUCUACUUGACCAAGUCCCCGCAAUUAUUGACUUCAUCCGCGAAAAUAUUUACGACCGUGACCUGCCGUUUGUCUUCCAAGAAGGAACUGGCGAGCGUGAGGGAUCCUACAAUGUCUAUCGGAAGGUGAAACAACGGAAUGGGGAUCCCGAUAUGGAGAUCGAACUUCAGUUUUUCCAGAAGUGGAAAGAUGUCACCCUGGAAGCCUUCCAUCAAAACCAGUGGCAGCUACUGGCGCCAUUUUUCUCCUUGGCCUCCAAGGAUAGCACGAAAGUCUCGCACUACAACCUGGAUAGCCAUAUCGUCCUUCCAUUUGUCGAAGACCACAUAGUGGAUGAGCCACCAGCACAAUACGGUGGAUCUGCAGAAGUCAGACGUGUCAAGAUCCACCGGGCCCACCAAGACUUAUACAUGACCGGCGACGAGGCUGAUAAUCCUUCGUUUGCGGUCAAGCGACUUUCUUCAAAUGAUCCCAGUGCCUUCGAUAACGAGGUUGAGACCCUGAAGCUAUUUAGCGGGAAAAAUAAACACCAACACUUAAUCAAUCUUCUCCUCACCUAUCAUUACCGAGGCCAUUAUCAUCUCCUCUUCCACUGGGCGGAUGGCAAUCUAUUGGAUUAUUGGAAGACAAGACAUCCGAGCCCUCAUACUCCCACAAGAGACGGCAAGUUCGCCAAAUGGGUAAGCAGACAAUGGCUUGGCGUUGUAGAGGGGCUUCAAGCCAUUCAUACCUACACCGCAGACCCCAACCUUCCAUUUCACGAUACACAAGAUCCUAUUGACCCUCGUAUUCACGGACGACACGGCGACCUCAAACCAGAAAAUAUUCUUUGGUUUAAUAGACCACAUUCCGCUGAAGGAUCUACCGACCAUUUUGGAUCAUUUGUGAUAUCAGACUUUGGUUUGACAAGGUUUCAUCGUGAAUUAACGAGAUCGCGGGUCAAUCCGGAGACACUUGGUUGGUCGCCGACAUAUAGACCACCGGAGUACGAUGUCCAAAAGGAAGUAUCCCAGAAAUGUGAUAUCUGGAGUUUGGGAUGUGUCCUACUCGAGUUCCUACACUGGUAUCUUCUUGGGUGGAAGGGAGUAAAGGAUUUCCAAAACAGCCGAAUCGACGAAGGGGGCAGUCCUGAAAUGCGCUUGGAUGGCUACUAUAACUACAUCGAGGACGAUCCGUCGCAGAAGGGUACCAGGUUCAAGAGAUCGGUAAAGAAGGCUUUUCAACACCUCCGUAGUGACCUAGGAACCACUGAGUUCUUCCUAGAAUUCCUUAAUCUAGUCCAAUUCAAACUUCUGCGCAUGGACCCUGCUAAAAGAGCAAGUUGCGGGGAGAUUGUGGAACUUUUCAAGGAGAUCAAUGGAAAGUGUUUGCGGGAAAACGGAUAUUGUACUGUGCCGAUUCGAAGGCCGAGGCGAUCAUCAACAGACCUAUCAGAAUUGAUGGCGACUCCUACAGCCCCCCUCCGACAACCUAGCAUGCCAUUCCCAGAAAAGUAUAGUAAAGUCAACGAAGCUCCGAAUGUUAGGUUAACUACGCCAAAUAGCCGUCAUCUUAAGCACGAGACUAUAAGCGCACCUAGGGCACGGGAACUAGGAAUCCACACAGGAGAAGUAACACAGCCGGCUCACAAGCUAGAAAUCUCUAGCAAUCCUAUAACGAAAGCAACACCAAUAAUUGAUGAUGUGGAUGAGGGGGUUGACACGAACAUGGAGCAAGAUUCACAAAUAAGCUCACCCAAGAAAAUACACUUCGCGAAAGAAGACUCGGGUAUUGUAAUGAAUAACGACGAUACUGAUGAAGACUAUUCUGGAUCGAUCCAGAACAAAGAAGGCAUGUCCGACGCUGACGCCGGGAAACUGACGGAGGAAGAGCAAGACGCACCAAAGCAUAGCUUCACUGUUCGAGCCAGCCACUCUCCAGAUUAUGGGACAUAUUCAACGCAGGACAAGCCAAUAGAAACAAGACUGGUCGAUACAAUGGAUUCCGGAGAGCAACGAGCAAUGGAACCAGCGAACGAACAAAAAGAACAAAAUAUGAAUCAAGAUACUCUGGCCAACAAUCAUACAACUGAUCAAACAAGCCCUCAAGCUGCAUCUAACUCGUCUCCAACUGCAAGGUCGGCCUUCAUGCUUAACCACUCCGGUUACCACACGAUGUCCGGGUUGGCGAGCACUAGCCUUCGCCCAAAACAGCCUCAUGAGAUGAGUUCACCCGACUCACCGCCGAACGCUUCAACAGAGACAGUCGAAGAUGAGAUUUUGAGACCUCUGUUGGGUAGAUGCCCCACUUACGACGCCGAAAGCUCAAGCUACGAGGAGAACGAACACUCUCGCUUGAGAAAG